AUGGAAAGAAAGAUUAAAGAAUGUCAGACGAUAGCGGAGCUUUUGGCUUUGGAAAGUCAAAGCGUGUUCAAUGAACUGGAAGAACGUUUGGUGUUUGAGAAGAGAAUGGAGAUUUUUCUGCGGAUAAAGGAAUGGCGUUUGGAAAACGCACGGUUAGGACUAGUACCGGAUCUUACAGAUACCUGGACGCCCGAACAACGCGAAAGCUUUCUACGUAAUUGGCAAGAUGGGGAGCUUCCGCUGCAGAUUAUUAGAAGUCAGAAAAGAGCGUAUGAAGAGAUGAGCAGCGAUAAUGAUGAACCACAAGUCGGUCGCGGACAGAAAAGAUCUUUUGAAGAGACAAGCAGCGAUGAUAAUGAACCUGAACAGGAAGGGUCUUAUGAGAACGAGGUUAGCGACAACGUUUUUACGGUACAGAGUGUGAAACAAGUGAAUGUGAAAAAGUUUAAAACCACGGGUAUGGAUUAUCAUAUUCAAUUUACGAAUGCCUUUGCGAAUGUGGAGCUUUCCGAAUAUCACGAAAGGCUGCACGAAAUAUUUCAGGGUUUGCUUGAUGAAGUUACGCAGGGCGUUCCUCCUCAUGACCAAGUGCGUUUUGUCUUGCAUUCACCGCAACUGGAAAAUCCUAUUUCAUUUCCGUUUAUGCCUCGUCAGCGUCUCACUACAGAACGUGUGUUGGCAGAGUUUGAACGCGUGAUUCAGUCCAAUCGCCAUUUUCAUCUCAAUGAUAGUGUGGAUGUCAAUGUUGUUCAUGUGGAAAUGCCCCAUGGUGGUACAGGUACGAAACGGGCCGAAAUUAAUUUGGAAAAGCAUUUGAUGAAGAAACGCUCAAUCAUACGGAUCCGGAACAAUGAUCAACUUUGUUUGGCGAGGGCCCUGGUCGUUGCGAAAGCCAAAAUUGAUAACGAUCCCCAGUAUACGAGCAUUGUUGAUCAUCGGAGGGCUAUGCAAACCCGUUUGGCUCGUGAAUUACAUCAAAAAGCUGCCGUCCCUUUGGGUCCCUGUGGACUUGAUGAAGUAAAACAGUUUCAGACGUACCUUUCCGAUUAUCAAAUUAAUAUUGUGUCCAAGGAUCAUCAGAACGCUCUUAUUUAUAUUGGUCCCGAUCAAGAGAAGAGAAUUUAUCUGUACCUUCACGAUAAUCAUUACGACAUCAUUACCAAGAUGCCGGGGUUUUUUGCUCGUAAAAAGUAUUGCCAUGCAUGCAAGAAAGCUUAUGAUCAUCGAGAAGAUCACCUAUGCCCGAAUGCUUGUCCAUGUUGUCGUUUUCCCGACUGUCCCGUUGAGUCCUGGGUUCGCUGCAAUGACUGUAACCGAAUGUUCAAAAGUCAAGCAUGUUUUGAUCGACAUAAACAGUCAAGUGAAAAAUCGAUCUGUGCGACGAUGGUUAAGUGCUCGGAGUGUCAUAGAAUUAUCAAGCGCUAUAAAAGAGAUUCGCAUCAUUGCGGUAUGACAAAGUGCCCAAUAUGUAAAGAGUAUACUCGGCCUGGCGACCAUCGAUGUUACAUGCAACCCGUGGAAAAACGAAACGAAGAUUUAUCGGACAGUGACGAUUCGUCCGAGCACCCUGAGGAUGAUGUUACGGAAGGCGGGUACGACCAAAUGUUAUUCUUUGAUUUCGAGUGUCGUCAGGAAAAUGGAAAUCAUGAACCCAAUUUAUGCGUGAUUCAGAACGAAGCUGGUGACGAAUGGGUAUUUGAAGGGGAUAACACACGGAACGAGUUUUGUGAAUGGUUAUUUCAAAAGGAACGGGCAAAUUGUAUUAUGAUGGCUCACAAUUUCCAGGGGUACGACAGUUACUUUAUUUUGCAAUACUUACGGGAAAACGGUGUCAAGUACGAUGUCAUCGUGCGCGGUGCCAAAGUGCUUUCCUUAUCUGUGGACAUGUUUAAGAUCAAAUUUAUCGAUUCCCUGAACUUUAUCCCGAUGAGGUUAGCAGAUUUUCCAAAAACCUUUGGCAUAGACGAGCUGGCAAAAGGGUACUUUCCGCAUCUUUUCAACAAGAAAGAAAACGAAAAUUAUGUGGGACCGGUUCCGCCUGCUCCCUACUACAAUCCGAACGGAAUGAGUCCUGCAGCGAAGGAAACGUUUUUACGUUGGCAUAAGAAUUUGAAAGACAAUGAUUACGUGUUUAACUUCCAAGAGGAAAUUCUUGCGUAUUGUCGUUCCGAUGUGGAUAUUCUACGACGUUGUUGCUUGGAAUUUCGCGAACUGUUCCGUGACGUUACUAAAAUCGAUCCCUUUGAGAAAUGCCUUACUAUCGCGUCCGCAUGUAAUCUAGUGUAUCGGACCAAUUAUCUUCGUGAAAACACCAUUGCCAUCAUUCCACCGCGCGGUUACUGUCCCGAAAACAAACAGUCCCUUCUUGCACAAAAAUGGUUAUCGUAUACGUCCGAACAAAAUGAGAUCUACAUACAACAUGCUCGCAACGGCGGAGAGAAACGUGUUGGUCCGUAUUUGCUGGACGGUUAUCAUGAAGAAACCCGCACGGCCUAUGAAGUCCAUGGAUGUUUUUGGCAUGGUAAGUGUUUGAAUAAACGCCUCCCUCGAAUAGACGCCCUUAGAAUAGUAUUUUAGAAUAGUAUUUUUGUUUAUUACAGGAUGUAUAAAUUGUUACGCUCGUGAUACAAUAAACCCUGUCAAAGGUAAAACCAUGCAUGAUCUUCAUCAAAAAACCGUGGAAAAGAUACAGUAUUUGAAAAAUCAAGGCUACAACGUGGUAGAAGUUUGGGAAUGUAGAAUCAAUCGGGAAUUGGCCGGUAAUGAAGACAUGAAACAUUACUUUAUACAAUAUGAUGGAGUCGAUCCCUUGGAACCUCGUGAUGCUCUGUAUGGAGGACGAACCAACGCGUCGAGACUUUACCAUGAAUGUAAUGAUGAUGAGAAAAUAAGGUAGGGAGAAAAAAUUUUUGACAUUAUGUUUUUAGGUUAUGUAUGACGUCAUGUUUUACUACGUCAUGUAUGACAUUAUUUCUAGGUAUGUGGAUUUUACAAGCCUUUAUCCCUGGUGUAAUAAAAUGACGCGAACGGUUGUGGGACAUCCACGCAUUAUUACUGAGAACUUUGACGACAUAUCCACCUAUUUUGGUCUGGUCAAAUGCACCGUGCUUCCGCCUCGAGGUCUGUUCCACCCUGUUCUUCCUUAUCGCACUCAAGGCAAGUUGAUGUUUCCGCUUUGCAAAACCUGUGCCGAUGCCUGUAACCAGACUCCCUGUGACCAUGCCGACCGUGAAAGAGCCAUUCAGGGUACAUGGUGUAGCGUGGAGCUGGAGAAAGCGUUGGAAAAAAGUUAUCAAAUUGUACGGAUUCACGAAGUCUGGCACUUUCCCGAGACCUCGGAUGACCUGUUCAAAGAUUAUAUUGACACAUUCCUGAAAAUUAAACAAGAGGCGAGUGGGUACCCGAAAGAUAGCGUCACCGAAGAGCAGAAACGGCAUUACGUGGACGAGUACCUAGAAAAGUCGGGAAUCCAUUUAGACCCCCACAAGAUCGAAUACAAUCCUGGAUUACGCGCUUUGGCUAAACUGAUGUUGAAUUCGUUCUGGGGUGAGUACCGUGUUUUCAUUGGCAUAUUUUCGUUACAUGAUACUUAACAGUUUUUCGUUUAGGUAAAUUUGCACAACGACCCAACAUGGUGAAAACCGAGCAGAUAAAAGAUCCACAAGUAUUCUUUGACUACCUCACUUCUGAUGAGAUCAACGUGCUUGAUGCCGAUUUAGUGAGUGACGACAUCAUUGAAAUUCGGUACGAGUAUACGGACAAUUUUAUCAAACCCGAUGCGAAAACCAACGUGGUCAUUGCUGCUUUCACCACCGCCUAUGCCCGUCUCAAGCUUUACGGCGUGUUGGACAUGUUGCAGGAGAGGGUGAUGUAUUACGAUACCGACUCAGUGAUUUUUAUCAGCAAACUCAACGAACCCGAACCUCCCUUGGGCAACCAUCUCGGCCAAUUAACCGAUGAACUAGGAGGCGAAUACAUUACUGUGUUUGCGUCAGGCGGUCCGAAAAAUUAUUGCUACCGUACGAAUAGUGGUAAAGUUGAGACCAAAGUGCGUGGAAUCACUCUAGACUGCACGGCGAGGCAAAAGGUGAACUUCGAGGUGAUUUGUGGACUGGUGUAUUUACAUGCUAAAUGUCAAGUGACUGGGCAAGUGUCUGUGGACAUUCCGUUUAGAAUCACAAGAAAUACCCGGACCAAAGAAAUUGAAACGAAGCGCAUGAAAAAGGACUACAGAAUAGUUUAUAAUAAACGUGUAAUUGUGGAUGAUUACAAAACAUUACCUUAUGGGUACUAAUAACAAUUGAAAUAAAUAUUUUUACAAAGAUGGUUUGAUCUCAGUUUUAAUUUUUAAUGUUCAGUUUGUGGUAAUGAUCCAGAUUCACCCCCGUUUCCUUCUCCAGUGCAUCGACCUGCUUUUCGUUUUUUCUAGCCAUGUCCCACAUCAUCAUUUCUCUAGCGUUCAUCUGGUAGGUAAAGGUGUUCCCCUGGGGGGCCCGAGGUACCGUUAUACCCGUUAGUGUUUCCAGUAUGAUUUGUGUCAACAGAAUGGAGUGCAGCGUCGCAUUGUCAAUAAGCGUUGCUGGUAUUAUAUUUUUUUCUAUCAAAAGUUUCAUCAAAUCCAGAGUUGCCAAAUUUCCCUCUUGUGAAAUAAUCUUGUCCGAGAGCCAGUGAGUGACAAUGUUCCUCCAAGUCAUGUUUGCUUCAAAUGAUUAGGGAACUAAAGAGCCCGUAUCCUUUAUAGGUUUUGAUUACGGAAUAAUAUGUAAGUUACAAUAACUGAAAGAUCACGUGUUUCAAUGCUCGCCUGUGUUUCACGCAAAAGAUAGUUUUCCAAUCGUCCGCCGUAUACUCAAGCAAUUCGAAAUCAUGUACUUUCAUAUCACUCAAACUUUUAGUAAAAGCCUCCAUCACUUUUGUUUCCGAAGCCUUUUCCAGAGCAUGAUCAAAGUAUAGACAUAACCGUUCGUCUCUUUCCAUCGUAAGACACUGAUGAUGCGUCUGAGACAGAUGCUCUGUCAUGCAACCGUUACAAUUUUCAACAGCGAGCUGAGAGAUGAUAGGAGCGAUUUCUUCAGCUGAAACUUUUAAAAGUUUUUUGAUGAUGCGUUUCUGACGAUGAUAGAGAACAAGUUCCUUAUUGUCGAUAUCGAUAGGUUUAGACAUGUUUACUCUUUAAUGUAAAGUAAUGACUGUUUCUUCCCAAAGGAAAAAACGUUUUAUAUGUGCGUGCACCUUUAAAAUCUUCUCAUAUUCGAGUGUACGUCAUGGGACACUCUGCUAGUAAAAAUCCGAAGGUCGAUAAGAAUCAUAAUAAACAGAAAAUGUUUAGAAUUGGUAUAAGCGCAGGAAGGAAUGAUCUUAAUCUCGAGGGGCAUGUACAGGUGGGAUACUGUAGUAAAACCGUUAAAAAUUACAGCCCCAUCGAAAAGACCCAGGAGGAUAGUAUUCAAAACGUUGAAGAAUGAAAGGAUUCCGUCAUUUCGCAUGUGAACAUGGACGACUACUUAUCCAGCGUUUAUUCCGAUCCGAAAAGGUCGGGAGGAUUUGGCGGAGUGGAUCGUUUGUACCAAGAUGUUAAAGAUGAGGGAAAGUUUAAAAUAAGUCGAAAGGAAAUCAAGGAAUGGUUAAUGAAACAGGACGCAUACACACUGCACAAGCCCAUACAUCGCCACUUUAAACGGAACCGUGUCAUUGUAGGGGGUAUUGAUCAACAAUGGCAAAUGGAUUUGGCGGACAUGCAGUCCAUGCAGAAGUUUAACGAUGGUUAUCGUUAUUUACUUGUCUGCAUUGAUGUCUUUUCCAAGUAUGCAUGGGUAGUCCCAUUGAAAAACAAGACAGGUCCUACACUGGUCGAAGCUUUCAAGGUCAUUUUAACGUCUGGACGCAGACCCGAAAAGAUUAUGACCGAUCAAGGAACAGAAUUUCUAAACAAACAUUUUCGAGCAUUGAUGAAAGAAGAAGACAUCGAACUGUACAAUACGUACAAUGAAACGAAAGCUUCUAUCGUGGAACGCCUGAUUCGUACUUUAAAGACCAAAAUGUGGCGCUAUUUUACGGCUAAGAAAACCAUGCGAUACGUAGACAUUUUACCCAAUUUGGUCUAUUCUUACAAUCACAGUGUUCACCGUAGCAUCAGGACAAGACCCGUGGACGUUACUGCUGGGAACGAGAAGGAAGUGUGGCACACCCUGUAUGAUGAGCAUAACGUAGCAAAAAAUGUAAAGUACAAGUUUAAGAUCGGCGAUCAAGUGAGAAUUAGCAAGAUGAAACGAACAUUUGAAAAGGGAUACUUGCCGAAUUUCUCAAAAGAGAUCUUUACAAUAAGCAAACAAAUACCUCGUGAUCCUCCUGUGUACAAACUAAAGGAUCUGGACGGUGAAGAACUCAAAGGAACAUUUUACGAGAAAGAGUUGCAAAAGAUCAUUAAGGAAGAUGACGUCUACGAAAUUGAAAAGAUCCUAAAAAAACGUGGACGUGGCAAUAAUGUACAUUAUCUUGUAAAAUGGUUAGGGUACCCCAAUAAAUUUAACUUGUGGGUACCCGCUUCUGAAAUAAAUAAGAUUUAAACCGUUGAACGUGCUGUUUGUUUGUUAUUCUCAUCGGGGAUUCAUAAUGAGCGGAACACACUUUUACCUCACGCUUCCGAGCAAUGCGUCCCUGGACGUUUUUCCCGAUAACAAAACAACCGAAUAUCGUGUAAAAUUACCGCAGCCUGUUGAGUUGGACGGCAAUUGGGAAGUUGGACUGUAUUCCAUUUCUUAUCCCCACACAUGGUAUACUCUGCGGGAUGUUGCUGACGAUCUAUACUUUUAUUACAACGACGGUAUCGGAAACAAUGGCGAGGGAUUUUUCCUUGCGGCAUUUGUCGAUUACGGGCACUAUGAAACUGUACAAGAACUUCUCAAAAACAUGAAUGCCUCUUUAAAAAAAUAUAUAGGCAAUGACAGCAUAAACUUAACGUACAGCACUCGAACAGGAAAAGUGACCGUCCAUUUGGGAGCCAACUGUAAGAUUGGUUUAUUUAAGAAAUUGUCCCUCAUCCUGGGAUUCGGUGGAAAGAAGGUAACAAUUGACAAAACGGGCGAAAGUCCACACGUAGUCGAUUUGAAUAUCUUUUCGACGAUCUACACGUAUUGCAACAUCAUUCAGCCUCAGAUCGUUGGAGAUACGAGUGCGCAAUUACUUCGAAACAUUCCCGUCGAAGGAAAGUAUGGCGACAUCGUUACGAAAACGUUCACCAACAUACAAUACGUGCCUGUUCAGACGAAAUCCUUCGGAGACGUGAAAAUACUUUUAAGGAAUGACACGGGCGAUCCAGUGCCAUUCGAAAGGGGGAAGGUGCUGACAACACUACAUUUCAGACAGCACACAUACUUCACUUGAGGAAGAUGAAUAAUCCGUACGUACGUUAUUAUUUGGAUCAGCAACAAGGGCGUGGAAUGCCCGUGUUCAGGGGCAGCCCCUGGCAAGCAGGGUAUGGGCAACAGACAGGGUACGGCCUGGGGAGCCUGUUUCGCAGCGUGGCAAGAACAGUGAUGCCCAUGGUCAAAAGCGGAGCAAAAGCUCUUGGAAACAUCGCCCUAAGGAGUGGUGCCGAUUUUGUGGGCGACGUUCUCGCUGGUAGAAACGUAAAGGAAGCGGCAAAAGCACGAACUCUAGAGGCUGCCAAUGUUGCAAAAAGAAAAGCCAUCAAUAAACUAAGGAGUCAAACGGGGAGCGGAAAACGGAAGCGCUCAAGAAGUGUAAAGCGUUCAAGGAGUGUAAAGCGAGCAGCUAAAAAGAGAAGGACAUCUACAGUCAGGCGCAGUCAGAGCAAGAAACGGAAAACAGUUAAAAAGAGAAAGGCAUCGGCAUCUACAUCCAGACGCAGACAGACCAAGAGACGGAAAACAGCUCAGGACAUAUUUGGUUAAAAUGAUGAAUCUCGUACAUUCCAAAUCGCAGGAAUGCACAAAAAGCGAACUCGAUCUAUUCUCUGUGCCCCCAACACAGAUCAGUUUAGAGAAAGGACACUGGGUAGAUCAUCAGCCCGUUUCCAGUGUAGCCGAUGGUGGUGUCAUUACGUUCCUGUCUCCGGGCACUGAAGAUUAUGUGGACCUUGCUAGAACGAUUCUUGUGGUGAGAGCAAAAGUGACAAAACCCGAUGGCACGAAUCUCGGAGCAGCCGAAAAGGUAUGGUGUUUUUCAUAUUGAAUACACUGUUUUCAAAUAUUAAUUUCCUUCUAAUCUGUUUAAGGUUGGAGUGGUGAACAAUUUCCUCCACAGCCUGUUCAAACAGGUGGAUGUCUUUUUGAAAGGGAAGCAAGUCACGCAGGCUACCGGAACCUACGCGUACCGUGCUUACUUGGAAACCCUCUUGAAUUAUGGUCCCUCCGCAAAAGAUUCACAGCUUACUGCUGCUUUGUAUUACAAAGACACUGCAGGAAAGAUGGAUGUCGCGGAUCCUACGGUGGCAGGUGGUAAUGGCAACGCUGGUCUCAGAGCAAGAUACGUUUUCAGCAAAGCAAGUGGAACUGUUGAAAUGACAGGACCUAUAUUCAGCGACAUAUUCAUGUCCGAACGUCUCCUGUUGAGUUACGUAGAUCUAAAAGUUAUUUUAAAUCGAAGCAGCGACGAGUUCUGUUUGAUGGCCUCCGAAGACGAUGCCGAUUACCGCGUGAAACUGACCGAUGCUUAUCUCAAGAUACGUAAAGUGAAAGUCAAUCCGAGCAUUUCCGUGGCCCACGAAAUUGCGUUGAAAAAAGGACCGGCCAUCUAUCCUAUUCGUCGCGUCGAAUGCAAGAGUUUCAUAGUCCCCGCAGGGAAUCCCUCCCUGAGGAAGGAUAACCUUUUCAAUGGACUGGUGCCAAAAACAAUUGUCCUUGGUAUGGUCGAAAGCGAAGCGUUUAACGGUGCUCUGAAAAAGAAUCCCUACAAUUUUCAACAUUUCAACGUGUCUUCCCUUGGAAUAACUGUGAACGGAGAAGAAAUGCCAUUUAAACCCUUGCAGCUUUCCUAUGGCGCAGCACCUAAAUACAUCGAAGCAUUCACCACACUGUUUUCUGGUACGGGGAAAAUGUAUCACAACACAGGAAACGAUAUAUCCCGAGAAGAAUUUCCAGAAGGUUACACCAUGUACGCCUUUGAUUUAACACCGGACAUGUGUGGAGCCUCUCCUCAUUUUAACGUGGUGCAGAAAGGAAAUCUAGCCAUUGAUAUCCAGUUCUCCGCAGCGCCUGCAAACGCUGUGAGUCUCGUAUGCUACGGAGAGUUUGAGAAUACCGUGCACAUCGACUCUGAAAGAAACGUUGUCUACGAUUAUUCUGGAUGAACACUGCCCAAAUAACCCAUGCCCUGGAACAAGAUCCCGUAACAAGCAAGAAGUUUUGUGGUGUGUUCCCUAGCGACAAGCUACCUCAGACGAUCGAGAGAUAUCCGUGUGGAUUCGUUGCGAACACUGAUACGAGCAGUGGACCUGGAACCCACUGGGUCGCCUUCUACUUUCCAUCGGAAGAGAAAGGAGAAUUCUUUGACAGUUACGGGCAUGCACCCGAGUACUAUAGGAAAUCAUUUGGAGACUUUUUAGAGUCCCGCGUAUGGGAUUUUAAUAGACGUAAAUUGCAAAGUGUUUGGUCGGAUGUAUGUGGCCAGUAUUGCAUAUUUUACCUUAGCCAUAGAGCAAGAGGUCAGAGCAUGAGUAAUAUCGUACAUUUAUUUAACAAUGAUACGGUCUUAAAUGAUACAAAAGUAUCCCAGUUUGUUAAGAGACAUUUUAAGGCAUUGUUAAAACAUUCUAAUGUUAACCUUAAUCAGUUCAGUAAAAAGAUGUUUUCAAUAAAAUUGUUGUAAAAAACUGUACUGUGUGUUCUUUUUAUUCUGCGCAUGCGCACAAACUCACGUCCCACAUGCGAACCGUUCAUAAAAUACCGCCCCAAAGAACUGACGUCAAUACAAAAUUGGUUUUAAAAACAUUUUAUUAUUACAUGCAAACAGUUACAUUUUUAAUAAGGAAGCCAUUGUUUUGGUUUCGCCGCCUGUCUUCUGAGUAAACCACGGAGAUAUUUCGCGGGACUUGCACGUGGUGAUGUUGGUGGCGGUGGUCUCGGUGGCGGUGUCUUAAAAACAACCUCUUCCGCGCCAGAUGGACUGCCCAUUUGAACCUGAUUCCAUCUUUCCGUGUUUCUUGCAAUAUCUUUGGGUACAUUAAUCUUUGACAGCCCGCGAAAGAAUUCCUGCGCUCCCUUGGGAUUAAAAUUCUUACGUGCCCGCAUGGCAUCACUGACCAGAUCCGAUAUAUUUGAAUCAGGAAUCUCCUUACCGUCCACUUUAACUUGACCGGAUUCGUCCCAGGAAAUAACAUCGGGCCUUGCUUUCAAACGUCUCAAAAGAGUUGCGGCUUUCUGGCGUAGGGUUACAGGUAAAUGACCGAUCACGUCCGCGUCAGGUAAAGGCGCCUUCUCCCUGGACUUCUGUUCCGCAUCCGGUGCUAUGCGCACUGUAGGUAUCUGGUCGUCCUUCUGCCGCCUCAAACUCAGAUAACUUUCCAUGUUCGCAUUGUACAAUUUCUGUUUUUCGGCAUCGGAUAUGUCUGUACUCUGAAGAAUCUCUGACAUUGCCGUAUCCUGGUGCAUCAUGUUGGCUGUAACCGGGGAGGUCUCAAUCUUUUGUUUCUGCUCAUAACGACUAAGCACGUCCUCUGGGACCAAUACCAUGCGUUUCGCAUGCUUCAUACUAACAAACUUCCGAGUACACUCAACACGGGUGGUAAGAGAGCUGACAAUAAAUUUCCACCUUUUUGAUUAAGGCGUUGUUUUUUCCGUUUUCUCGAUACUUUUUUACUGGCCAAAUCACGGAGAUGUGUCUUGUAACGCGCUAAACGUCGCUUUUGACGAGGCGAUAAUGGGAUGACACCUUUAAGCAAGUUUAAGGAACAUUCGCAGAUAGCGGUGAUGACCUCCGGAGGAACGCUGUUGAUCAUGAAUUUACGUAGUUUUGGCCCACAUUUCCCCAUGACCUGAAGAUACGGUAGACUUCCUUUCAUGCGCUUCGACAUCUUGAAAAUGAACCGUUUUCAAUACACGUUCAGCUUUUAAGCACGUUUCACAUAAACAAUCUGCUUCUCUCCGGGUAAAAUGUUGGUCCUCAAACGCAUGUUCUCUGGUGUCAGCUGAUGGCAAUCGAUGACUAAAUAUCCAUAAGGUCUGCUCGUCGCAUCGUGAAAUGCAUCCAGGAGGUAUCCGGUAUGUUUAGGAAACAUCUGUCUGGCAAGUGUGGAAACACCAAGCGAGUCACGUGGGUUUCUAAACACGACUAUAACGUGACUAUUCAAACUAAUGGUUCGAGAACGUUCGCCUGGCGGGAACAAAUUCUGGGUAAGGUACAGCACGGACAUGCCAAGGUGAUGGGAAUCACGUGUAAACAAAUCUGAGACACGCGGGUCUCUGGAACAAUGAGACAUUAAGUCAUCGAGCACGACUAACGAAUUAUCGUGUCCGCAGGUCAUCUCGCAUAAAUUAUCGGGAAAUCCUUCCACGAGAGUCAAAUUAGGCAUUGAUUGUAACAUUUCUUCGAAUUCCUUCUGAUAUAUACCGUAACAGUAUAUUAUUCUGGUUGGCACGGGAUUAAAUAGUUCCUCUACAUGCCGUAACACAGAACGAACCAAAUAAGACUUUCCGCUUUGAGACUGCCCACAAAUAUAAAAGUUCGCUGGCGUUUUAAAUCUCACGUCCAUCGUGUUCACGUGCACAACACGUACUGCGUUAUUAUUUGACGUGUCCGUUCGUUUUAUAUCUUAAACACCUGCCUGAUCAUUCUACGGAAAAAACUCUCCUGGAUUCGAAACGCACUAAAAUCAUGGCUUCUCAGAGGGGCCGCCGCCAAGCGGACAGCCCUGCGCGUAGUAUCUUCAGAAUCGUGCAUCAAAUAAACCAAUGUCAGGUAUGCCAUAGCACGGCCAAAAUUAGUCACGUUGAUCGUGUUAAAAACAAUAUGCAUUUCAUUAGGAUUAACAUUCACUACCAUUUGAUUGUACAACGCCUCGUGGCGCUCAAGCAAAUCAUUAAUAGCAUGAGAUAACGUUCUCAUGUCAAUAUUAACGCCCCGUCUCUGCAAUUCGUCUAGUAUCACUUCCAUUGCGAUAAAACAACAAAUGAAUACAACAUGUGAAACAAUUUAAUUAUAUACAACAAAUUCAACAAUUCUUCUAUAUACAACGUAUUAAAUUCUAUCUAAAAAUCCAAUGUCUAAUUAAAACAAAAUGUCUAGUUAAAACAAAAUCUAUGUAUAGUUAAAGCAAAAUCUGUUGCACUAAUUUUAUGCUAUUAUAGUUACAUUCAGUAAAACAUUUAAAAGUCACGCGUAAGCAGGUAUUUGCGCGGGAAACACAUGAUAAAAUUUACAAGGACACGUAGUACAUCACAACACGUAAAAUGUAUGUUUUAUCCUUUUUCUGCUGUGUAAUACCUGUGUUGUUAGCGUCACGUUGCAUAGAGGAUGUCGACUUUGGUCUGUUUAACUGUGCAGGGCGAGGGCUAACAAAUGUACCGUAUAGCAACCGCGUGAAGACAUGGGUAAGGUCUGCCGAUUUUAAGAAUAACAACAUCACCCGUUUUAACGUUUCAAGGUUCUUAAUAGAGUUUCCAGGUGCGUCGCUCGUAGAUUUACGGGAAAACCCUUUGAAAUGUUCUAUGCUGGAGCCGGGUAUCUUCGUGCUUAGUGACUGUCCUAAAAACAACAACACAGCCACUCCCACCCCGCAGCCUGUUACGAGUACGACCAACGGUAAUGUUUCAUCUUUAAAUACAUUAAACGGUUCGCAGCUUCUCACACGUAUGUUUACUUCUGUCUCUCCUGUGAUAGACACAAGAGAGCACGGGCUGCUCAUCACCCUUAUAGCGGUCGGGACAUCAACGGUAUCGGUAAUAUGUAUUGUUUUGGCAGCAUAUUGCAUCAUACUGAGGAAGAGAAGAGCUGUUGAUAUUAACAAUAUUGUAGCGCUGGAGGAACUGAAUAACACCUUCUCCUCAUCCGACUCUUCAGAAAGUGAUAUAGUACUUUAUUUUAAUGAAUCAGAAUUGUAGUUUACCCUGCUGACAGUGUUUCACAAAUUCAUAUUUUGUUUCGUUUACUGAAAACGGGGGCGUACUUUAUAGAGUUCGCAAGACAACUUCCGGUUAAAUUAAUUUAUAAAACCCCAUGACUCACGAGAUAUAAAUAACAUUCUGUGUACAGUGUACACCUUAUCUGCUAAUAUGAUAGUUUACCCUAAGCUAUCAUUUUUCGAUCCAUUUCAUGGGGGAAGAUAAUAUUCCUAAUAAUUACUUGACAUAACAUGUACUUGUUUUCGGCCGGCAAAUAUCAGUUUACACCAAAGUAAUGUCUGUUUUCACUCCGAUGAAACUAUUUAUAGUAUUAAUGCACUAAUGUACAUGUAAUAUAAAAUUACCGCUAGUCCUAUACUAUUCAUUUCACAGUGCGUAUAAACCCUAAAUAAAACGGUGUUUAUACUAUGCCGCUACGAAAAUUCACUUCAUCAUCGUGAAAACAAAAUACAUAUUCUUAAUACUAAAAACGUAACAAAUUUUAAUGGUGAAAAUCUAUGAUUAUAUAAACAAACAUACUAGUAUAAAUAUUUAUAUUCACAGUACACUCCAGAUGUGGGCGACACAUUACAUUGGAACAGAUAUCGAAACCGUACGGUGCGGGUACUGCAGAGCACCAUUCCCGGACAAGGAACUCUGUUAUCUGUGUCUACAAAACAAAAUCACCGGACAAGAAUUGAAGAAAACCCGAUGCUGUCAAACAACAAUCCACAAGAAGUGUACGGAAAUCCUAAACGAAAUACUGGCAAACUUGACAUUCGAUUUCUCGCUAGAAUGUGGCGAAUUAACCUUCUGCGGAUGUGUCUGGCACAAACUCUAAAAACACUAUAAUUAUCAAAAUCUCUGUAAACUACUGUAAAACUUAAUAAAUUUUUCAAAUAUUCACCGCUGUAAGCAAUUCUGAACAUUUCCCUGCUUCCGGGUUUCCAUGACGUCAUUGCUGCUGCAUACCCAUUACUUCCGGCAUACUCAUUACUUCCGGCAUACUCAUUACUUCCGGUGCUCUACUCGUUCCUGCAUACUAAUUACUUCCGGUGCUCUACUCGUUCCUGCAUACUAAUUACUUCCGCCGCUAUACGGCACUUCCGCCGCUAUACGGGGGGGGUAAUACUACUUAUAUGUUUUUGAAAUUUGAAAUCUUGCUUAUCUCGCUCCUACCCGAGUUG